AUGACCCAACGCUUGAGAGAAGACUUGCGAGCGUGCGGAAAGGUUGGUCCGUACGCCCGACAAGAAGGGCGAAACAUCUCUUUCGCAAGGCCCGUAUAUUCCGACUCUGAGGUCCGUAGAAGAUAUUGUAGACCGGCGAGUCCCGGCCAGGAAAGCGACCGCUCGCGUGAAGAAGGCGAAGGUGUGCGGUAUCAAGCGGCCGGUGGCGUGUACGAUCGCCACGGCGCUGAUAACCGACACCGACCCUAUCAUGUCGACGAUCGCCGUCGCAGCGAGGACAGCGGCGACGACGAGCGUGUCGACGGAAGAAGCGGUAAGAGGGAACGCCGCGGCUACUUUCACGGCGUCGACGACGAAAAUUCUACAGUAAAUUAA